CGACGGCAGAGCUGCAGUCGAGACGAGUCUCUCUGUUUCUCUCUAAAGAAACAUUCAACUGAAUCCAGCAGCUUUUUAUCAACAACACAGCAGAAUCUCUGCCAAACACUGAAACAUUCAACUGAAUCCAGCAGCUUUUUAUCAACAACACAGCAGAAUCUCUGCCAAACACUGAGUGUAGAUAUGUCUGCUGCCAGCUGUCUGCUGACUGAAGAUCAGUUUCUGUGCUCCAUAUGUCUGGAUGUGUUCACUGAUCCAGUCAGCACACCAUGUGGACACAACUUCUGUAAAACCUGCAUCACUCAACACUGGGAUAUUAAUGUCCUAUGCCAGUGUCCCAACUGUAAAAAGAUUUUCUCCAUAAGACCUGAGCUGCAGGUCAAUACUUUCAUCUCUGAGAUGGCUGCUCAGUUCAGACAGUCAGCUCAACAGAAAGCCAGCAGCAGCAGCUCAGAGCAACAAGCUGCCAAACCAGGAGAAGUUCCCUGUGACGUCUGCACUGGAACCAAACUGAAGGCCCUGAAGUCCUGCCUGGUGUGUCUGGUCUCCUACUGUGAGACUCACCUGGAGCCUCAUCUGACAACUUCAGGUCUAAAAAGACAUCAGCUGAUCGACCCUGUGGAGAACCUGGAAGGCAGGAUGUGUACGAAGCACGAUAAACUGCUGGAGCUGUUCUGUAAGACCGACCAGAUGUGUGACUGCAUGCUCUGCACUUAUUCAGACCACAAGACACAUGAUGUUGUUCCUCUGAAAGAAGAAUAUGAAGGAAAGAAGGCCGAGCUGGGGAAGACAGAGGCUGAAAUUCAGCAGAUGAUCCAGAAGAGAGGACUGAAGAUUCAGGAGAUGAAACACUCAGUGGGGCUCAGUAAGGAAGAUGCAGACAGAGAGAUAGCAGAUGGUGUUCAGGUCUUCACCGCUCUGAAGGAGUCUGUUGAGAGAAGCCAGGCCGAGCUCAUCGACACGAUCCAAGAGAAGCAGAGAAAGAUAGAGAAACAGGCUGAAGGCUUCAUCAAAGAGCUGGAACAGGAAAUCUCUGAGCUGAAGAAGAGAAGCACUGAGGUGGUGAAGCUCUCACGCUCUGAAGACCACCUCCACCUCCUCCAAAGCUUCACGUCCCUGAACGCUGCUCCACCCACCAAGGAUUGGACAAGAGUCAGCGUCCGUCCACCUUCAUAUGAUGGGACUGUGGUGAGAGCUGUGAAUCAGCUGGAGGAGACGCUCAGUAAACAGAUGAAGAAGCUGUUUGAAGCCGAGCUGAAGAGGGUCCAGCAGUCUGCAGUGAAUGUGGCACUUGAUCCUGAUACAGCAAAUCCCAAACUCAUCCUGUCUGAUGAUGGAAAACAAGUUAAACAUGGUGAUGUAAAGAAGGAUCUCCCAGACAACCCAGAGAGAUUUGAUUAUUGUGUUUGUGUCUUAGCAAAGCAGAGUUUCUCUUCAGGAAGGUUUUACUACGAGGUUCAGGUUAAAGGGAAGACUCAGUGGGAUUUAGGAGUGGCCAGAGAGUCGAUCAACAGGAAGGGAGGAAUCACAGCGUCUCCUCAGAAUGGUUACUGGUCGAUAUGGUUGAGGAAUGAAAAUGAGUACAAAGCUCUUGCUGACCUUAGAGUAUGUCUCUCUCUGAAGUCUCAGCCUGAGAAGGUGGGGGUGUUUGUGGAUUACGAGGAGGGUCUGGUCUCAUUUUAUGAUGUUGAUGCUGCAGCUCUUAUCUACUCCUUUACUGGCUGCUCCUUCACUGAGAAACUCUACCCAUUCUUUAGUACCAGUUCUAACUAUGGUGGUAAAAACUCUGCCCCUCUGAUCAUCUCUCCUGUCAAUCACACCGAGUAGAACAACCAUUUGAUUUUCUACAGAAAUGUUCUCCAUCAUUUAAUGUAAUGAAUGUAUAUUAUUGGUGAUUUAGGGUGUAUACAUUGUAGAUUUAUCAGUUUCUGAUCAAUGAGUGUUUUUCUUUUUUUCUAUAGAUGUUUUUCCCUGAUGCUACUUACUACUACAACACACAGAUUUUACAGCACUGAUUGAUAUUAUCUAAUGUAGUCUGAUUUAUUCUAAUAACUGCAUGACUGCAAAACUGUUAAAUCAUCAGAAAACAAUGAGCCUCAUUCACCAACCGUUCUUAAGAAGUAUUUUUUAAGUAAUUUAUAUUUACAAUUUAUAAUUCCUUGAUCAGGAAUAAGCUUCAAAACAAUAUCUGUAUUCAUGUAGAUCGGGCCUAAGAACACAUCGUGAAUGUAACGUAGACUUUUUUUAGGACCUUUAAGAACAAAUUUAUGAAAAAACUUAAAGAUAUUGGUGAGUGAGGCCCAACUUUCCUCAUAUACAAGAAGCACUUGCUGAAUCCUUAAAUGUCUGUGUGCCAAAUUAAGAACUUUUUAUUGUCUUAUCAUUGUAUAUAUUUAAUAAGUGUUGCAUAUUGGCACAAAUUUCUGGAGAAAGUCACGACACUUAUAUUUUAAAAUAAGAUGUUUUAAGGUUUUUAGUUUUUACCAUUUCAAAUUAAUGUACACAUAAGGGAUCUCUGUCUGGUUCGUUUUCAGGGGUAAAUUAAGGAUUAACUCUUGAUUCAUAUUUGUACAAAAUGAAUCAAUGAAAUGUGAUCAUAAAACAAUCAGCUGCAGUGGUUUUACACACCAGAGAAAAAUAAAUGUUUUGUCUCAACCGUCUGUUGCAUUUUCAUUUCAUAUUGUCCACCUCUCUGCAGACUGUUUGUAUAACCUGAACAAAGUGAACAAAUCCUCAACGGAAUAAAAACAGAGAAAGUUUCCACUG